GCCCUCGAGCCCAGCAUCUCGGCCCAAAUCAUGGAGCUCCACCACAGCAAGCACCACCAGACCUACGUGACCAACCUCAACAACGCCCUCAAGACCUAUGCCGCCGCCCUUUCCGCCAACGACGUGCCCUCCCAGAUCGCCCUCCAGGCCGCCAUCAAGUUCAACGGCGGCGGCCACAUCAACCACUCCCUCUUCUGGGAGAACCUCUGCCCGGCGUCCUCCCCCGACGCGGACCCCGCCAGCGCCGCGCCCGAACUGACGGCCGAGAUUGCCAAGACCUGGGGCAGCCUGGACAAGUUCAAGGAGGCCAUGGGCAAGGCGCUGCUCGGUAUUCAGGGCAGUGGCUGGGGAUGGCUGGUCAAGGAGGGGAAUGGACUGCGGAUUGUGACUACCAAGGACCAGGACCCGGUCGUUGGGGGAGAGGUGCCGGUUUUUGGCAUCGACAUGUGGGAGCAUGCAUACUACCUGCAGUAUCUCAACGGCAAAGCUGCCUAUGUGGAGAACAUCUGGAAGGUCAUUAACUGGAAGACUGCUGAGCAGCGCUUCAAGGGCGAUCGCGAGGACGCCUUCAAGAUUCUCAAGGCCUCUCUGUAAGCGGGGUUCCAUCGCCUCUGUUCGCCCAUGUGUAACCGGCAAACACCGAUGCACGCCGCUGUGCCACCACCAACGAGAUCUUGCCCCCUUAAUUCUACGGGCAUCAUCCAUCUCGUUUAUAUAUGCAGUAUGUCAUGCUGUGCCUUUUAGCUGGAG